AUGUCUUGUCUCUUCAACUGUAAGACCUGGGCCUACAGCCAAAUGGUCUCACCAAGGGGAGUCCUUGCAUGUGGUGGACCUGAUGGAUUAAACCUUUACAACCUGAAUAGCUUGAAAAAAAUCAAAGCACCUCUUCAUGACAUUACUUCACACAGCAAAGUCACUGCUUUGGCCUGGCUAAUGAUAUUGACUGAAAAAGACUGUGGAGAUACUUUAUCCUUUGGCACACAAAAAGGAUGGCUUGCUGUUUGGCAACAGGAAUCUGGCACAGAUUGGUUUGCAGAAAUACAUGCUGAAGUUGUAUCAGACAGUGCUAGUAUAAUGUGCUUAGCAGCUGAUACAAAUGAUCACGAAACAAGUAGCUACUGCUUAGCUCUUGGUACACAGAGCAUGCAAUUCAGAACACAAUCUGUAUGUUUUUGGUACAAUCAACAGACACAUGUUGACUGUAACAGGCAAGGAUGGCUAUAUCUCAGAAUAUUGUAUGCUCUUCACACACAUCUUUAUACAAACUCUGGAACAUGUACAGCUUAUGAGUUCUACACUAAUGCACCAAUAAGGUGUGUUCUAAAGCAAGUGUGCUGGGCCAAAGAAGAUAAAGUCCUGGUUGUAGGGAGUGAUGUAGGCAUUGUCUAUGUAUUUGACGUUGAGACAAGGAAGAAAGUCAAGAUACUCUAUCAUUCAGAGAAUGCAUUUGUACAAAGUAUUACUACUCAUACAACUUCUGAGAGCAGUUACAUAAUAUGUGGAUUGACAGACGAAGACAAGGAACCAUUUGUCUCCUUAUGGAUAAAAAGCAAUCCUAGCAAACCAAUUAUUAAGGACCUCCAGAGCAAUACUCAGUCUAACCCCCUACUAACUAUUGGUGACAUCCUUAGCUUCUUAUUUAUUUGUACAAGGAUCCAUGGGGGUACAUAG